AUGAGACUUAUCGUGACAUGCAUGCGACUAUCAUUGGGAUGUCCAAGGAAUACGUUGCUUUUAUUGCUCUCCUCCAUGGUUAAGCGCCGCCUCCAACGGAGGGAUCCCAGUGUUAACGCUACUAGGGCGCUGCGAGCGGAAGGAGAUUUGAUCUCAUUUCAUGGUGCUGAUAACUGGUUCAUGGAUGAGACACGCACAGAAAGAUUAAGCAGUGAUGGUGCUGGGGUACUGAAUAAGGUUAACCACAGGCUAGCAGCAAACCCCCUUGGGGGCCGUCAGCUUUUCCCAAGAGCCUGGAAUUGCUUAGCGUGCAAAGGAAGCAGUGUUUUUGGCGCGCUUCAAAGUGAGAAUUCCAUUGUCCUCCAUUACCUUGUCAAGGGGAUUUUUAACAACCGUUGCAUGGUUCGUAUUCCACAGUCGCCAUUUUCGACCUCUGUACAUGCCGAUCCAACUAUCCAACAUGGAGACUACAUUCAAAACUGUCUUCGCACUCUUUAUUACCUUGUCGCUUGUUUUAUCGAGUCCCAACACCAGGCCGAUAAUCUUGCCUGCAACUCGAACUCUCAGCGCAAAAUCAAGACUACCGUAGUAGGUUGCUGCGGCAGCCUAAUCGAAUAUUCUUGCUAUCGCAGCAACGCCUUCGUCACAGCGGUGGAAUUGAAAAAGCAAUGUGACACAGCGGAUCGCAUCCGUCGUCUCACCCUCGCAGAAGAUUACAAUGAUCGUUGCAUGUGCAAUGCAGAGACACAGAGAUGCGAGAAGAGAGAGCCCAUAGCAAUGAGUUUGCAGCGUGCUGAGGCGCUGUACAAUUUCUUGCAUCGUUGUGAGGGAAACAGAUUAGAUAUGGUCAGGUACUAA